AUGUUAAUUUAAAACGAUAAUAUAAUAAAUAUUAUUACUAGAUAAAAAUUCAAAGGAGGAAGAAAAUCUUUGACUUCGUCUCAGAAUAACAGAACUCACCUGUUGUUGUUUACGAUGUUGUCAAUUAAGUGGGCCUUAUUUUUAGUAAUAUUUGGCAAUUUUUUUUUUUAUAUUCUAUUAGGCUAGUUUCUUGAAAGAAAGGUGGAAAGAUACAAAAAAUCAAAACAUGUUUAAGACAAAAUUUAUUCGUACAUGAAUUUAAUGUUGAACUCUAAGCUUGUGUAAUUCUGGGGGUAAUAGUGCAAAAAAUAUGAGGAUAUAUGAUGAAUAUGUAAUAUCAGAUUUAACUUCCUAGCCUCUUAUUAGUAGAAUAAUCAGACAAAUAGAGAACAACAAACAACCAAAGGAGGAAAAAAUGA